ACGUUUACCUCGUUUAUGUGCGGCUAAUGCUAGCUAACAGAGCUAACGAGGGAUACUUAUGAUUACUUACGUCCACUGACUGGAACUACGAGCAGCCAGCAACACGCCAGGUAUCUGAACGGUGUUGGACAGGUAAUAGCGACGAACCGAGGGGAGAGCAGCGCUCUGUUAGCUCAUUACCAACAUUAACAUCAGAGGCAUGUCACUUCCUGGAUUCUUUACUCCUGAAAUGAGUUCAUUUACAUAGCAGAACUGAGUUGCACAAUGCUUUGUAUUUUAUUCAAGCCAACCGCUCUUCUGACAGGCGAUCGGAAACCCGGUUAGCAUCGAGUCGUUCUGUUACGCAUAAGAGAGUCAGUACUAGAUGUUCCUUAAAUGGAAUCCUCCAACUCAUCAAAUUAUGGCUUUCCAGCGUGUAAUCUGUCCCGGGGACGCGGUGUCUGGACUGGCCGGAGUUGCCUUUUUGAUCAGCAUCUUCCCUGUUUAGUGGUAAAUGUGACAGACAACAGCAACACUUCCAGCCUCGCUAUGGGUCAAGACAGAGGGAGGUAUGAUUUUUACAUCGGCCUGGCUUUGGCCAUCAGUUCCAGCAUCUUCAUUGGGGGAAGUUUCAUCCUGAAGAAGAAAGGACUUCUGAGGCUGGCGAAGAAGGGCUCGAUGAGAGCAGGGCAGGGUGGUCAUGCAUAUCUUAAAGAAUGGCUGUGGUGGGCUGGUUUACUGUCAAUGGGCGCCGGCGAAGGAGCGAACUUUGCCGCUUACGCAUUUGCUCCUGCAACUCUGGUAACUCCUCUGGGAGCCCUCAGUGUGCUCGUCAGCGCGGUGUUGUCGUCCUACUUCCUGACGGAGCGGUUAAACCUGCACGGGAAGCUCGGCUGUCUACUGAGCAUCCUGGGCUCCACCACCAUGGUGAUUCACGCUCCGCAGGAGGAGGAGAUCAGCAGCCUGGAAGACAUGGCCAAGAAACUGGUCGACCCAGGGUUUUUUGUUUUUGCAACUCUUGUCGUUAUCGUGGCCCUCAUCUUCAUAUUUGUCAUCAGCCCACGCCACGGUCAGACCAAUAUCCUGGUCUACAUCACCAUCUGCUCAGUGAUCGGGGCGCUGUCCGUGUCCUGUGUUAAGGGACUGGGGAUUGCCAUCAAGGAUGCUAUAGCUGGGAGGAGUGUGGUGAAGAACCCGCUGACCUGGAUCCUCGUCUUUGGUCUGGUGGGCUGCGUGAGCACACAGAUAAACUACCUAAACAAGGCUCUGGACAUAUUCAACACCUCCCUGGUGACACCCAUCUACUACGUGUUCUUCACCACAUCAGUGCUCACGUGCUCCGCCAUCCUCUUCAAGGAGUGGGAGCACAUGGGCUCCGACGACGUGAUCGGGACCCUCAGCGGCUUCCUCACGAUCAUUGUAGGCAUCUUCCUGCUGCACGCCUUCAAAGACGUCAGCAUUAGCUUGGCUUCUCUGGCCGUGUCCAUGAGGAAAGAGGAACGGGCGUGUCCAGCGGUCAACGGCAUGGCCUCCCACAGCACCUAUGAACUGCUGCACGAGUCCACAGAGGACAUGGAGGGCAGAGACGUGAGUCUGCCUUUUGACAGUGUCUCAAGGAGGAACGGAGCCAUGACGUCCUCCUUAGAUAUGUAAUAAACUUUGAUUUGAUUCAACCGUGGUAAUAACAUGGUUUAUAUAAACAAUGAGACAAUCAACUGUGAGGGGACGUAGACGGACCUGUCGAUUGUAUUGGUUUUAAUUUGCCUUACUUUCCUCUGAACGUGACUCGUGUUCGGUUACAGGACUCCGUUCCGCUGUAGCUCUGUACAUACGGGAGUUGUUUUGUUAUACAUACAUGAUUUCCAUGCACUGACUUACUUUCUAUAAAUCUGAAGCUAAUAUAUAUUCUGUAUCAGGACCUGCUGAUUUUGAAUUUAAUGGAAUAUUCUCCGAUUUGACUUUUUACGAUACUUGAAACUUAAGUUGGGGACCUUCUGACCCGGGGAGAAGUUUUUACAUAAAUUCUUCACCAGAACCAACAGAUUUGAUACGUAUUUAUUGAAUUAAAAGAUUAAAACAUUACAAAGACAA